AUGCGCGCUACCGGGCUGCAACAACGACAAUGGCGAUCGCGAGGGCUGCGAUUUUGCGUGAUGACAGGGUCGAAAAAUACGCGUCGCCACAGAAAAACGUACCAUGGUGGUUAUGGAUCUGAGCGCUGCAAGUUACAGAUUGGCAGUGUCACCGGCGGAUUCGCGAACAAUCCAGGGAGCGUUUUCACGCUUGCGAAGGUGCUCGUGUUUGUUACGAAGAAAACGGAUGCAGAAGAUUUGGCAGCUAGAUUGAGGACGCGAGAUUUCGAACUAGAGCUCCUGCAUGGUGAUAUGUUCCAACACGAAAGAAACGAACGCCUGGCACUUUUCCGCAAGAAGUGUAAGAUCUUGGUUGCCACUGACGUUGCUGCCCGUGGUCUGGACAUUCCUGAAAUCCGGACCGUGAUCAACUACGAUGCUGCCCGAGAUAUCGAUACUCAUGUUCAUCGAAUUGGUCGUACGGGCCGCGCAGGCCAAAAGGGAAGAGCGUUCACUUUGAUCCUCGAAGCAGACAGUGAAUUUUCGGCGCAACUUGUACAGAGCAUGGAAUCUGCUGGACGACAGGCCCCGCCGGCGCUUGUAGAAGUGGCAAGCAAAUGUCUGUGGUUCAAGAAUCAACGUGUGAACAAAGGACAAACUGGCCGCAUUGGGCUUGGCUUCGCCUCUUCGACCACGAGCGGAAGUUCGGGUGCAAACCCGUUGAAAAGUUAUAUCCCGUCCCAAAAGGCCGAAUACAUACGCCCAUCUACGGCGGAUCCUCCAUCUUCGUCCUCGGUUUCGUCCUCGGGAUCAUCGGGCGGCUCGAGCUCAACAAAGGAGCCGGUGGCGUCUUCUAGGCUGUCAAUGUUGAGAAACGCGUAUCAGGAUGAAAUUCACGAGUAUGACGAGGACGGCAAAAUUAUCUUCACCUUCAAGAAGCAUAUAGACCCGUUGCCGAAGAUGGACCACGCUUCUGUCGCUUACAAGCCCUUCAAGAAGGAUUUCUACAAAGAACAUGAGGAAAUUAGCAAGAUGAACGUCUUCGAUGCCGGGCGUUUGCGCGAUAAACUCGAUUUGAAGGUGGCCGGGAACAACCCGCCUAAACCUGUCUGCAGUUUCGCGCAUUUUGGUUUUGACCAAAAGCUGAUGGCGUUUAUCCGAAAGUCCGAAUACGAACAACCAACGCCUAUUCAAGCUCAGGUAAGUGGUCUUGGAUUUGAAGCUCAAGUUGCUUCGAUCUCCCAACACGUGCGCCCCGACCGUCAAACGUUGAUGUUCAGCGCGACUUUUAAGCCAAAGGUGGAGCAUUUGGCUCGAGAUGCAUUGGCUGACCCCGUGCGAAUCGUCCAAGGAAACAUCGGCGAGGCGAAUGAGGAUGUCGAGCAAAGGAUUCACGUCAUGAAAUCACCCGAGGUGAAAAUGAAGUGGCUCUGCGAUCACCUUGUGCAAUUCUCUUCUGAAGGAAAGGUGCUCGUGUUUGUGACGAAGAAAACGGAUGCGGAAGAUUUGGCAGCCAGAUUGAGGACGCGAGAUUUCGAACUAGAGCUCCUGCAUGGUGAUAUGUUCCAACACGAAAGGAACGAACGCCUGGCACUUUUCCGCAAGAAGUGUAAGAUCUUGGUUGCCACUGACGUUGCUGUUUCUCUGCGCAUCGCGUUGGAUCCUGCGCCAAAAGGCAUUACCAAUGCCAGCUUCGACUACGCUUUUUAU